CAAACACUUCAGACUCCCAAUUGUUCAACUGAACUCGUUAAAACGUAGACUUUGAACCUGCGCGUAUUUACCUGCCAAAGGUGUGACAUUAAGCACCUGACUGUUGCUAUACCUAUACAGGAAAGGAAGGCAACACACAACUGUUAAGUUAAGCGUACAACAGACGAAGUAACGUCUUUUUUUGUACUGAAGUCUAUAGAUAUGUAGUACAGUUCUUAUGUAAGAUGUCGACAGUAGUGUUUGUAGUUCUACUCUUCUGUGUCGGGUGUGCAGCGUAUGGGCCGAUGACGUCAGACCGUGGUGCCUGACGACGGAUCCGGACGUGCGGUGGGAGUACUGUGACGUACCCGGAUGUGAGAACACCACCGAACCGAGUGUAGAACGCCCCACCAGACAACCAUGCAGAACUGGGGAGAGCUGUAUGUACUGUCCAGGCGCAUCGACAGGGGGCGUUACUUACUGCUGCCCCUGUUGUCCGAAUGACGCUACUUUACAUUUCGACGCUGUCAGUGAGAAGUGUUAUUGUGAAUCGUCUGGAGAACUUUGUCCAGAACUUCCUGUCAGUACGAGUCAGCCUCAGACACCCAAGCGGGGCGAUGUGCCGAUCAUCCCGCGUACAAGGUUUCAUGUACCGGCAAACGCCGCUAUUUCAGGUAUUGCUGCAGUUCCAGUUCUGACCGCAAGCGUCCUUGUUGCAACAUUGCCAAGGUUGUUAUAGAAGAUGACAGUCGAUCAUGCAUACAAGAAAAAUCAAUGAAAAUGUCAUCACUUUAUAUUAUCAACAAUAAUAGAGUUGAAUACGUUCAGCAAAUUCUUGAUUAUUGUGAACAAAAUGCGUGGAAAAUAAAAGCGUUUUCAAGAAACGUAACGGUA